AUGCGUUUCUCCGUCAUCUCUGUUCUCUUCAUGGUCGGUGCUGUCAUGGCAUCUGCCCAUGUCUCCCACGACAGCCACGCUGCUGUUGCGAAGCGCGGUGGUUGUGUUGGCUCGCUUCUCUGCUGCAGCGGUCUGACUACUCCUUUGGACCACAUCGUGGAUCCUAUCCUUGAGGACCUCGGCAUCAACGCCUCUGGAAUUGUUGGCUCCAUUGGUAUUCUCUGUGACCCCAUCGAGGGCAGCCAAUGCACCACUGCUCCUCAGUGCUGCACAGAGGCCAACCUUCUGGGUGGCCUUGUUGCUCUUGGCUGCGAGAGCAUUUAA